AUGGAUUCCGGCGUGCAAUCUGCCCACCAGCAGAGCCUCUGCCCUCCAACUGCGCCGCCGCCGCACCCCAUGCGGCGUGCCUGCCCUCCCUCUGCCCCUGCCUGCCGCCGGCGGUGCAAGACGAGCUACGAUCCCUCGGCCAACACGCGCCUGUCCUGCAGGUUCCACCCUUCCUUCUUCCUCUGCCGCCGACACGACGACCAGAAGAGGUGCCUGCCUACCCUACCCUACCCUGCCCUGCCCUACACCCUGCUCGCCUAUGAUCUGAUUCAUCUAGGUAGUACAGGUACUACGAGCUCCGCGACGGCGACCCUCCCUACGCCGCCAAGUUCUACGACUGCUGCGGCGCCGAGGACCCCGACGCUCCCGGAUGCACCACAGACCUGCACCGUUCCUACGACGACGCCCAGGGCUAGCAAGCAACCCUCCUUCCUCUUCCAUUCCACCAUCCGCUUUGCUCUUCUACACCACAGGCCUCAUCUUAAUCUCCAUCUCAUCUACCGUUUGCUUUUGCCUCCCCUCCCAAUCCCUCCAAUGUAG